GGUCACGUGGUGUUGUGAACAAAACUAUUGAUCUUAUGAUCCGGCUCCGAAGUGUAAACCUCUCCGGCUUCUUCACGCUUCCUACGACCUUAUCGACCUUAUACAAAUAUGCCAUUCAAACAAGGAAUCCUGGAAAGACUCAAUGAUGGUGAGGUGAUUAUUGGUGAUGGAGGAAUGACCCACGCCCUGGAAAAACGCUGUUAUGUAAAGGCUGGUGUGUGGACUCCUGAAUGCGUGGUGGAGCACCCAGAAGCAGUCCGACAGCUUCAUCGUGAAUUUCUGAGGGCUGGUGCUGAUGUUAUACAGGCCUUUACAUUUGCCAUGCAAGACAAGCCUCUUGUGUCUGCUGGGUACAGUUAUAAGUGGGAUGAAAUCAGCCAUGCUGGAAGUAUCUUGGCAAAAGAAGUAUCUGAUGAGGGAGAAUUUGCCCUUUCAUCCGGAUCCCUUUGUGAGACUGGCUCACUCUUUAUUAAGGGCCUUGCCUCAAAAGAGGAAAUCAAGCAGAGGUUUAGAGAUCAGGUCAAAAUCUUUGUGGAUACCGGAAUGGAUUUACUCAUUGCUGAGUACAUCUCACAUGUCCAAGAGGCUGAAUGGAUGGUUGAAGUGAUGAAGGAAAGUGGGAAACCUGUGGCUGUUACCAUGGCAAUAAGUCGUGAGGGUGAUCGUCAUGGUGUGUUGCCAGGAGAAUGUGCUGUUAGAUUGGUUCGUGCAGGUGCAGAUAUUAUAGGAGUGAAUUGCCGAUUCGACCCAGAGCGGAGCCUGGAUACUAUCGCCCUGAUGCAAGAGGCCAUCCAAAGGGAAGGGCUGAAAACUCACUGGAUGGUCCAGCCCCUGGGAUAUUGGUGUCCAGACGCUGGUCCAUCAGGCUUCACUAGUAUUCCAGAAUGUACUUUAGCUCUUGAGCCUAGAGUACUGACGAGAAUUGAGGCCCACAAGUUUGCACGUAAGGCUUACAAUAUGGGUGUUCGAUACAUAGGAGGUUGCUGCGGAUUUGAACCCUACCACAUCAGGGCACUAGCUGAAGAGCUGUCAAAAGAGCGAGGACGAUUACCACCGGGCAGUGACAAGAGUUGCCUAUGGGGGGAGGCCUUGGUCCAUCACGCCGAAGCUCAAGUCGCCCGGAGGGCUACUCGAGAGUAUUGGGAAAAACUCGUUCCUGCGACUGGUCGGCCAUUCUCACCAGCAUUCGCUGUUCACGAGGACACUUGGAAAACGGAGAAAAAACACGAAUAGACAAGGCAUACUUAUUUAUUAAUGAACAAUAUUAAUAAACAACACUUAUGUCUCGCCA